CCAUUUUGUCAUGGAUAGAAAAUGAAGAAUAGCUGAGAAAUAGACAAAGAGGAAAGGGGUGAGAAAAAGAAAUGAAAGCAUCUGUAUGAGAUUGUGACCUGUGUAACAGUAAGAUGUGGAUGUUCAGUUGUUUCUGUGUACUUUUCGGUGCAGGAGUUUUAACAAGUUCACAUGCCCAAGAGGGAGUGAAUUUAGCAAGAAGAGGACAGACUGUACAAUCAUCCACAGGAAUGGUUGGUUGGGAAGCAGACAAGGCUAUUGACACUUCACCCUUAACCUGCACCCAUACUGUAGCCACAACUGAUAACCCCUGGUGGAGAGUGGAUCUUCUGGAUUCUUACUACAUCUCUAGAGUUGUCGUCACUAACAGACCAGACUACGGUCCAGAACGACUUGACGGGGCAGAAAUUCGUAUCGGAAACUCUUUGGCGAACAAUGGCAACAAUAAUACCAGAUGUGCUGUGCUGUAUGGUUUGCCAAUGGGUCAGUCCAUAUCUGUGACCUGUGAUGACAUAUUGGGACGAUAUCUGACCAUAAUUAUACCUGGAAGUUCGAAGAUUCUCACUGUGUGUGAUGUACAGGUGUAUCAAAAAGUCCAAAAAAGUUUUAUGAAGAUGAACUUUACCUCCAUUCUCGAUAUGUCAGAUCCAACAGAGAGGAACAACGUUCUUAAGGAGCUGAAGACCGCUUUGACUUCUAAAGGACUCUCAAAUUUCACACUGACCUGGAAAAACAUCCCUCAGAAAGUCCAACUAAAGACAAGCCUGAAUGGAAAGUCCAUGUGUUAGGAACAAUUACAAUGAACAGACAUGGCCCAUUUCAUAUCAAUUCAACCAGAUGUCUCUGGCUCAAAGUUCUGAUGAUUUUUUUUUGGAGAAAGAAAUACUAAUACUAAUACUAAUAUGUUGAAAAAAACCUAUAAUAUUAAAUGCGAUAUCGCAUCUAAAACCAUGCGGAAAACGCGACUGUGUCACUUUCUUCCUUCUUUCCAACGUGCUUUUGAUGCUGCAUUCUGAAAAGUUUAAUUAUUUUCAUCUUACUGCAGCGAUUACGCUAAAUGUUGCUAGAUUAAGUCAUUACUUCAUGAACCACCCAUGUUUUCCCUGUUUGCAUGCCUGUAACUCAAGAUACCUUCUUGUUUUAGAUUCUGAUUCCUAACCAGAUUUAAUUAUUUUUAAGGUCCUAUGUUAUACAAUGCCAGAGAUAUUGGGAUCUAAAUGUGGCUUCAAAUUGUAAAACUGUACUCAUUUUUGAUAGUCAAUAACCAAAUGUGGGUUACUCUGCAUAUAGCUAAAAAAUGUCUGAUUAAAAAAUAAUGUUAAAACCAGAAAUGUUCUUUUUUCAUUUACAAUACUGUCAACAUCUUCAUUUUUGAGAAUAAAAAAAUAUACUGUUAAGAAGAAUAAAAACAUGGCAAUUUAACUUAGGAUUUUAGAAAUGAAGAGUUUGGUUCCAAAACGCAAUAAAUCCAUUUUGACAAAUUUCGGUAA